UUCUACAAUCACCCCUUUUCAACAUUAUGGACAACUUGGAAACCUUCUUUCUUUUCUUUCUUCUUUCUAUUAUCCAUGCCUCAGGAUAUUGCCCAAUCUCCAGUUGCAGUAGGGAUGACAUCUCUGUCCGAUUCCCCUUCCGACUUGAAGGCCCGCAACCCCAAUAUUGUGGUUAUCCUGGUUUCAAUCUAAGUUGCAAUAAUCAGAGCAAAACAGUUUUGAAACUUCCGUGUUCUGGAGAUUUUCUGGUGCGUGGGAUCAACUAUCUCACACAACAGAUACAAGUUUAUGACUCUGAUAAUUGCCUUCCUAAGCGUCUCCUGAGCUUCAAUCUUUCAGGUUCUCCUUUUGUUGCUGCAGCUUACCACAACUACACCUUUCUAAGCUGCCCAACCCAGAUUGUAGAGUCUCGUCUCACCACAAUUGAUUGUCUUAGCAAUUCCACAACCUCAGUUUUAGCGACCGCUUCCAUGAGCAUUGCUGAUUCACUGUCCACAUCAUGCAGGAUUAUCAUUACAUUGCCAAUUCCUGUUUCCUGGCCAUUUCAAUAUGGUGAAGAGUUCUCCAGUGCACUUCAGGAUGAUCUUCGGCUCACUUGGUAUUCUCCUGCUUGUGAAGAGUGUGAACAACAAGGUGGAAUAUGUGGAUUCAAGACAAACAAUACUCGAGAAAUUGGUUGUUUCGAUUACUCUAAUACAGGCAGAUCGACCAGUGCCCUCCAAAUUUUUAGAGUGAUUUGCUUGUCCGUUGCUAUCCCCUCUAUUGUACUUGCUGCCGGGAUCGUUACUUUCGCAUUCGUAUUUGACAGGAGGCCUCAGCAGACCAGGCCUCAAGCCAAUCAAACUUCCGACACAGCAACGGUAUCCCCACAACCUACCAUUUCUAUGGUGGGAUUGGAUGAAGCGACCAUUGAAUCCUAUGAAAAGGUGGUCCUCGGAGAAAGCAUGCGACUGCCCACAGGGCCCAAUAAUAACACAUGUGCCAUAUGCUUAUCAGAGUAUUGUAGCAAGGAUACACUUAGAUGCAUACCAGCAUGCAACCAUUGGUUCCACGUAGGUUGUAUCGAUAAGUGGCUACGGAUGAACAAUUCUUGUCCAGUUUGCCGAAACUCACCAUCACCAGGUCACAUCGGAUCACAAAAUGUGUGAAAUAAAUUGAUUCUCUUUCCAUUUCUCA